GGUUUCCCGGCCGCCCCCCGCUCGGGCUUGGCUCCCCCCUCCCCCGCACCUCCCCUGCCCGGGCUCUCGGCGCUUCCACGCUCUCGGAAUCACGACCCCUCCCUGCCAUGUAUCCGCAAGGCAGACAUCCGGCUCCCCAUCAACCCGGGCAGCCGGGAUUUAAAUUCACGGUGGCUGAGUCUUGUGACAGGAUCAAAGACGAAUUCCAGUUCCUGCAAGCUCAAUAUCACAGCCUCAAAGUGGAAUACGACAAGCUGGCGAACGAGAAGACGGAGAUGCAGCGCCAUUAUGUGAUGUACUACGAGAUGUCCUAUGGCUUGAACAUUGAAAUGCACAAGCAGACAGAGAUUGCGAAGAGACUGAACACGAUUUUAGCACAGAUCAUGCCUUUCCUGUCACAAGAGCACCAGCAGCAAGUGGCGCAGGCGGUGGAGCGAGCCAAGCAGGUCACCAUGACAGAGCUGAACGCCAUCAUCGGGGUACGUGGACUCCCCAAUCUGCCUCUCACCCAACAGCAGCUCCAGGCGCAGCACCUCUCCCACGCCACGCACGGCCCCCCGGUGCAGCUGCCACCCCACCCGUCAGGCCUCCAGCCUCCAGGGAUCCCCCCAGUGACGGGGAGCAGCUCAGGGCUGCUGGCGCUUGGUGCCCUGGGCAGCCAGGCCCACCUGUCGGUGAAGGACGAGAAGAACCACCAUGAGCUGGACCACAGAGAGAGAGAAUCCAGCACGAAUAACUCGGUGUCGCCCUCGGAAAGCCUACGGGCCAGUGAGAAGCACCGGGGCUCCGCGGACUACAGCAUGGAAGCCAAGAAGCGGAAAGCGGAGGAGAAGGACAGUUUGAGCCGAUACGACAGUGACGGGGACAAGAGUGACGAUCUGGUGGUGGACGUUUCCAAUGAGGACCCAGCGACGCCCCGGGUCAGCCCCGCACACUCCCCUCCUGAAAACGGGCUGGACAAGGCCCGUGGCCUGAAGAAGGACGCCCCCACCAGCCCCGCCUCAGUGGCAUCCUCCAGCAGCACGCCCUCCUCCAAGACCAAAGACCUUGGUCAUAAUGACAAAUCCUCCACCCCUGGGCUCAAGUCCAACACACCAACCCCAAGGAACGAUGCCCCAACUCCGGGCACCAGCACGACCCCGGGACUCCGGUCGAUGCCGGGCAAACCUCCAGGCAUGGACCCGAUAGGUAUAAUGGCCUCGGCCCUGCGCACGCCCAUCUCCAUCACCAGCUCCUACGCUGCGCCCUUUGCCAUGAUGAGCCACCAUGAGAUGAACGGCUCCCUCACCAGCCCCAGCGCCUACGCCGGCCUCCACAACAUCCCACCCCAGAUGAGCGCGGCUGCCGCCGCCGCUGCCGCCGCCUAUGGCCGAUCGCCAAUGGUGAGCUUUGGAGCUGUUGGGUUUGACCCUCACCCCCCGAUGCGGGCCACGGGCCUGCCCUCCAGCCUCGCCUCCAUUCCUGGUGGAAAACCAGCCUACUCUUUCCACGUGAGUGCUGACGGGCAGAUGCAGCCCGUGCCCUUCCCCCACGAUGCCCUGGCAGGCCCCGGCAUCCCCAGGCACGCCCGGCAGAUCAACACACUCAGCCACGGGGAGGUGGUGUGUGCGGUGACCAUCAGCAACCCCACGCGGCACGUCUACACAGGUGGCAAGGGCUGCGUGAAGAUCUGGGACAUCAGCCAGCCGGGCAGCAAGAGCCCCAUCUCCCAGCUGGACUGCCUGAACAGGGACAACUACAUCCGCUCCUGCAAGCUGCUCCCCGACGGGCGCACGCUGAUCGUGGGCGGCGAGGCCAGCACGCUCACCAUCUGGGACCUGGCCUCACCCACGCCCCGCAUCAAGGCCGAGCUGACGUCCUCGGCUCCGGCCUGCUACGCCCUGGCCAUCAGCCCCGACGCCAAAGUCUGCUUCUCCUGCUGUAGCGACGGGAACAUUGCCGUGUGGGACCUGCACAACCAGACGCUGGUCAGGCAGUUCCAGGGCCACACGGAUGGGGCCAGCUGCAUAGACAUCUCCCACGACGGCACCAAGCUGUGGACCGGAGGCCUGGACAACACCGUGCGCUCCUGGGACCUGCGGGAGGGCCGGCAGCUGCAGCAGCAUGACUUCACCUCCCAGAUCUUCUCGCUGGGUUACUGCCCCACCGGGGAGUGGCUGGCUGUGGGCAUGGAGAGCAGCAACGUGGAGGUGCUGCACCACACCAAGCCCGACAAGUACCAGCUGCACCUGCACGAGAGCUGUGUGCUGUCCCUCAAAUUCGCCUACUGCGGCAAGUGGUUUGUGAGCACCGGGAAGGAUAACCUUCUCAACGCCUGGAGGACACCGUAUGGAGCCAGCAUAUUCCAGUCUAAGGAAUCCUCGUCUGUCUUGAGUUGUGACAUUUCGGCGGAUGACAAAUAUAUUGUAACAGGCUCUGGUGACAAGAAGGCCACGGUUUAUGAGGUCAUCUACUAAACAAGGACUGUAACAGGGCUGUCAAACUCUGGGAGAAACAGACACAGCUGUGCCAGGGAGACCCCGGCGAGGGGCUCCGUGCACGUGGAGGAUGGGCGGCGAGCGGGCCAGCACUGUGCUCCCGCGGCUGAGAAGGUGCCCCCGUCACAGUCGGGACUCCCAGGCGUGGAUUGAUGGGACUCAUGGACUCUGAUGGAUUUCUCCUCUCCUCCUCCCCUUAACGAUCCUGGCAGAUGCUACACAUAGAUUGAUUCGGAGGCUCGUGGCUCCGGCUCCCCACAGACACCCUCAUGAAUCUUUCCUUCCCCUUUUGUUUUUGAUGUGUUCCCCUGCCCUGGCUCGGGGACACUGGAGCGUGGACCACAUGUUUGUGCCAGGGGAGGGGGGGUUUCACGUCCCUGACUGUGCAGCGCACAAGGUUUGUGAAAAGUGUAAAUAACAGACUCCUAUCUCGGACUGGUCAGCGGGGGGAGGAGGCCCCUUCCCACCGGCAGCGCCAGCCGUGUAUUUCGCCUGCUGUAUUUGUAAUCCACUUGUGGUGGUGGCUUUUUUCUUUUUUUUUUUUUUUUUAAAAAAAAAAAACAACAGAAGUUCCCAUCUGGGAAGGGGAGGCAGGGAGCGGGGUGCAGAAUGGAGAGGGAGUAGGAUGGGCAGAAAACUCCUGGGGUGGAGGAGAGGCACUGCGGCUGGCAGCCAGGUUGGCUAUCAGGUACCCCCCUGGACAAGUGUAUCUCCAUGUGGACCUGGGAAUCGUUUGAGACGUGUCAGGACCAAGCUCCAGACAGACUGACGGACUGACAGAGCUUGAGAUGGGUGCCAGCCCGGGCUGACUGCAGCAGCAAUGGUGGGUUUUUCUGUAGUCUCCUGAGCUCCAUGCUCCCCUUUCAGGUGUCUGACCCCCUGUCUCUCUCUCUCUCUCUCCCUCUCCCUCUCUCCUCUCUCUCUCUCUCUCUCUCCUCUCUCUCUCUCCCUCCCCCUCUCUCCCUCCCCCUCCCUCCACCUCCUCCCUCCCACCCCGACCUCGACCGACCUCCGUCUCUCUUUGGUGCACACUUGGUUAUCAUGAUGAGAAAUGGAAGCUCGAAGCCACUCUGUCUCCAGCCCUUCUUAAUCUUCGGACACAACCUAAAAAGGACACAAAGUUAAAGGAAAGCAUAGCAACUCAGCUCAGGGAGCUACCAGAGGAAAAAUAGUAACUGAUGUGGGUGCUUUUUUUUUUUUUUUUUUUUUUUAAAUUUGAAUAAAAGGAAUUAGAAGUGAUGUCCUUUCAUAAAAUGCCUUCUCUCCCCUUUCCUGCCUCUGACCUGCUCCUCUCUCCUUAGAGGGAAAGUGUGUAUUUAACCUGCAGAGCUGUGAGUCUGAGGUUUAUCUCCCCGCUGCCUGGGGAGAGGGGACUUGGGGUUGGGCUGGGGGCAAAUGGGGCUGACUUCUUGUAGCUUCCCGUCUCUCUUAGGAGCCCAGACAGCUUACAGGUAGAAUAUCGUCUCCUGCAGGUGCCACUUUUUGGUACCAAAAUGUUCUGAGGUAUUAGGAUUUUGGUGGGUUUUUGGUCUUUUGGGUUUUUUUUUUUCCUUUUGGUCUUAUUUUUUCUUCUUCUAAGGAAAAGCUAAAGGCCGUCGUGAGUCCUGGUGGUGGGCUCUCCAUGGAUGUAGCAUAUGGAAGAUAAUUUUUAUACUGCAUUUUUAUGGAUUAUUUUAUAAUGCGUGAUUCUGUCUGGUGAGAAGGAGGGAGGGGCUCUGGUGAACCACCCCCCCUACCCCACUCUUGUUCCUGGGUGAGCCCCUCCCCCGACCUGGCAUGGCUGCAGAGACGGGCAAGGCGCCCUUCCCUUUCUAAGACUGGGGAGGCGUAUCCAGAGUCUGUCUCUCUCUCUCUCUCCCCCCACCUCUUUCUCUCCCCCCCAUCCCCCGCCUCCCUCUCUCCCUCCUCUCUCUCUGGGUCUCAGAUGCUCAGCUGCCACCUCUUGUUAAGGCUCUCCCCACAAGGGAGGGCGAGGGUGGAAGACAAGUUGAUUCCUGAAGAAAAGAGAAAAUGAAAAGUCAUUGUAAUGAGCUGUUUUUAUAUUUUUAAAAGUUACUAUUUAAAGGUU